AGAAAAGACCCCAAAAAAAAUACAAAGAAAUGAGCGAAGAUCAGGUAGAGAAACCUACAACUAAUGACGUAAAAGAAGAGGCCAAGAAGAUUCCGGCGACGCAGGGAGGCGUUGACGCGGCUGAUGACAAAGAUAAAGGUGUUGUCACCGAGGCCUCUGGUGGACAGGCGGAGGGAGAAGUAAACCAGAAAAAUGUGGUGGCAAAUCCUCCGGCAUCGGAAGGAACUAUUACGAUCGGAGAGGCUCUAGAGGCAGCGGUUCUCACGGCAGGGAAUAAGCCGGUGGAGUGGAGUGACGCAGCAGCCAUACAAGCGGCUGAGGUUAGAGCCACGGGACGGACCAACAUCAUGCCGGGCGGUGUUGCCGCUUCUGCUCAGUCAGCUGCCACUCUUAACGCUCGAGCUAACUCCGAUGAUGAAAAGACUACGCUAGCCGAUGUUCUCACUGGAGCGAGAGGUAAAUUACCAUCAGACAAACCAGCAACGAGGAAAGAUGCGGAAGGAGUGACAGGAGCAGAGAUGAGGAACGAUCCACAUCUCACUACUUACCCAACCGGAGUGGCUGCCUCUGUUGCUGCGGCUGCUCGGAUUAAUCAAUCCAAGUGAUACCAUUCUUCUUUCUUGGAACCUUACUGAGAUGCCAAGCAUAUAAACUUAACUUAUACAUGUUUGUAUAUAUAUUGAUGUACAUAAGAUUUUCAAGCUUUUUUUUUUACUGUACCUAUUUGAAACAGACGCCAGCUACAUUAUAUAGUUCAAUGAAUAACCAAGAAGAUCAAAAUGAAUACAUACUACAUUAGUUAAAACAAACAUGGUAAACGACCAGCAAUAUGGAAGCUGUCAGAACCAACAAAAAAUUCUAAUGGUGUAGUGUAUCCUCAGCGGGAAAGAAUGAAGAACAGUCCCAUGAGCACAGAGAGAUAAAACAGCACACAAUAAAUCAGCACAAGCUAAAACACAAAAAAAAAAA